GGAUAUCGCCACUCACGUUGUGAAUCGUUGGAUAGUAAAGAUUUGAACCUCGUCUAAAUUACAUUUUUGUAAUUUGCCUUCUUCAUUACAUUGCGUUAAUAUUAAAUAAUAAAAGAAAGAAAAAUGACUACUAAAGCACCCGCAGUUGGUAUUGAUUUGGGAACGACUUACUCCUGUGUCGGAGUUUUCCAACAUGGAAAGGUUGAAAUAAUCGCCAAUGACCAAGGAAACCGAACAACACCUAGUUAUGUCGCAUUCACUGACACCGAACGACUUAUCGGCGAUGCCGCUAAAAACCAGGUCGCCAUGAACCCCAACAACACCAUCUUUGAUGCUAAAAGACUGAUAGGACGUCGUUUUGAUGACGCAACUGUUCAAGCUGAUAUGAAACAUUGGCCAUUCAACGUUGUUAGUGACGCUGGAAAGCCAAAAAUUCAAGUUCAGUACAAAGGCGAGACAAAGACUUUCUUCCCUGAAGAAGUGAGCUCCAUGGUAUUAGUAAAAAUGAAGGAAACAGCUGAAGCAUACCUUGGUCAGACUGUCAGCAAUGCUGUAAUUACUGUACCUGCUUACUUUAACGACUCGCAGCGUCAGGCAACCAAGGACGCUGGAACUAUUUCAGGCUUGAACGUUUUACGUAUUAUUAACGAGCCAACUGCCGCCGCCAUUGCUUACGGUUUGGACAAGAAAGCAACUGGAGAGCGUAACGUUUUAAUCUUUGACUUGGGUGGUGGUACCUUUGAUGUCUCCAUUCUUACCAUUGAAGACGGUAUCUUUGAAGUUAAAUCUACUGCUGGAGAUACUCAUCUUGGUGGAGAAGAUUUUGACAAUCGUAUGGUUAAUCACUUUGUCCAAGAAUUUAAACGCAAGUACAAAAAAGAUCUUACCAGCAACAAGCGAGCUCUUCGUCGUCUCCGAACUGCAUGCGAGCGUGCAAAGAGAACUCUCUCUUCAUCAACUCAAGCCAACAUUGAAAUCGAUUCACUCUUCGAGGGAAUCGAUUUCUACACGUCCAUCACACGUGCGAGAUUCGAAGAACUUUGUGCUGAUUUAUUCCGUAGCACUCUUGAGCCUGUAGAGAAAUCUCUCCGUGAUGCUAAGAUUGACAAGUCUGUUAUCCACGACAUCGUCCUUGUUGGUGGAUCUACCCGUAUUCCAAAGAUCCAAAAACUCCUUCAAGAUUUCUUCAACGGUAAGGAACUCAACAAAUCUAUUAACCCUGACGAAGCCGUCGCUUAUGGUGCAGCCGUCCAAGCAGCUAUCCUUCAUGGUGAUAAAUCUGAAGCUGUUCAAGACCUUCUUUUGCUCGAUGUUACACCAUUGUCACUUGGUAUUGAGACAGCUGGUGGUGUCAUGACUGCUUUGAUUAAGCGAAACACAACCAUUCCAACUAAGCAGACACAGACCUUUACAACUUAUGCUGAUAAUCAACCUGGAGUACUCAUUCAAGUUUACGAAGGAGAACGUGCUAUGACCAAGGACAACAACCUUCUUGGAAAAUUCGAGCUCUCUGGCAUUCCACCAGCACCACGUGGAGUUCCUCAAAUUGAGGUUACUUUUGAUAUUGACGCGAACGGUAUUCUUAAUGUAUCAGCUGCCGACAAGAUGUCAGGUAAAGAAAACAAGAUCACCAUCACCAACGACAAGGGUCGUCUUAGCAAAGAAGAAAUUGAAAGGAUGGUCAACGAAGCUGAAAAAUACAAAAAUGAAGAUGAGAAACAAAAAGAAACAAUUUCAUCAAAGAACGGUCUUGAAUCUUAUUGCUUCAACAUGAAGAGCACAGUUGAAGAUGAGAAACUCAAAGAUAAGAUCAGCGCAGCCGACAAACAAACUGUACUCGACAAAUGUAAUGAGAUCAUCAAAUGGCUUGAUGCAAACCAACUUGCUGAGAAAGAAGAGUACGAACACAAGCAAAAAGAACUUGAAAACAUCUGCAAUCCUAUUGUGACGAAACUUUACCAAGGAGCUGGCGGUAUGCCUGGUGGUAUGCCCGGUGGUAUGCCUGGAGGUAUGCCAGGAGCUGGAGCCGCACCAGGUGGUGCACCUGGAGCAGGAUCUGGACCAACCAUCGAAGAAGUUGAUUAAACUGUUCUACGUUCAAAUUUGAGUAUUAAUAAAAUAAAUAAAUAAAAAAAAAGUAAAACCAAAACAGCUAAAAUUUAAAUAUAAACAUUUUUUGUAUGAUUUUAAUUCACGCAUUCACUGCCUAUUCAGGUAAUAAUCUAUUUGCAGUAAUUACAUGGAAAAGAAUUUAAAUAAAAUAACAAAAGAACAUGAACAAUUAAA